CACGAAUGCUGUAAAGUCUAGGUGACUAACUAGGAGGAACUAUUUUGUAUGAGUAGUUUGAAAGAAUAUUCCGCAGUGUACCGGACUGAAAAGAGAACGGAACCCUGAAGUUCCGGCAGUAACCAGGUCUUAAGUAGUUCAGCCUGUCCGCCACGACACCAUGGGGAUCCUAGAAAAGAUCGGAGAGAUAGAGAGAGAGAUCUCUCGGACGCAGAAAAAUAAAGCCACGGAGUACCACCUGGGUCUGCUGAAGGCAAAGCUGGCCAAGUACCGUGCCCAGCUGCUGGAGCCCUCCAAGGCUGCCGGGGCCAAGGGAGAGGGUUUUGACGUCAUGAAAUCUGGAGAUGCACGUGUUGCACUCAUAGGCUUCCCCUCCGUCGGAAAGUCCACGUUCCUCAGCCUGAUGACAGCAACAGCUAGUGAAGCAGCUUCCUACGAGUUCACUACACUCACCUGCAUCCCUGGAGUAAUAGAGUAUAAUGGAGCCAACAUCCAGCUGCUGGAUCUGCCAGGAAUCAUAGAAGGGGCUUCCCAAGGUAAGGGUCGAGGACGACAGGUCAUUGCUGUUGCCAGGACAGCAGACGUGGUCAUCAUGAUGCUGGAUGCCACCAAGGGCGACGUACAGAGGAAGCUCCUGGAGAAGGAGUUGGAGUCAGUGGGCAUCCGACUCAACCGCUCCAAACCUAACAUUUACUUCAAGCCCAAGAAGGGAGGCGGUCUGUCCUACAAUUCCAUGGUGCCUCUGACGAUGUGCUCUGAGAAACUGGUGCAGCUCAUUCUUCAUGAAUACAAAAUCUUUAAUGCUGAGGUUCUGUUCAGAGAAGACAGCACUCCUGAUGACUUUAUCGACGUCAUCGUUGGUAACCGAGUUUACAUGCCUUGCUUAUAUGUGUACAACAAGGUGGAUCAGAUCUCUAUAGAGGAAGUGGACAGACUGGCUCAUGAACCCCACAGUGUGGUGAUCAGCUGUGGGAUGAAGCUUAACCUGGACCACCUGUUGGAACGGCUGUGGGAAUAUCUGGCCCUUAUCUGUCUGUACACCAAGAAGAGAGGAGAGCGGCCGGACUUCAACGAUGCGAUUAUCAUGAGGAGAGGAGCAACCGUAGAGCAUGUGUGCCAUCGGAUUCACAGAACGCUAGCUAGCCAGUUCAAGUAUGCCCUGGUCUGGGGCACCAGCACCAAGUUUGACCCUCAGAGGGUAGGGCUAACACACGUAAUGGAACAUGAAGAUGUCAUCCAAAUUGUAAAGAAGUAAUGCAGCCCUUCUGAUUGGACAGAGUACAAGGAUUGUUGGAGGAGUUACAAACUGAACAGGAUGUUGAUUAAUCCACAACGAGUGUACAGUAGAUUGAGAUAAACAACACUCUUAUUUUGUUAUGAAACAAAAAAAAACGAAAUAAUCAAGAACUGAGAAAUAACACAACCAGAUGCUUAUUUUAUCUUUGUUGGCAUGGAUAAGUCCAGAAUGGAAACUAAAAAUAAAUUCCAUGAGUUGAAAUUAA